CAGGAAAUGGUUGGUACAAAUCAGACCACCAUGACAGAAUUCUUUCUCCUGGGAUUCUCCAAUUACCCAAACCUCGAGAUUGCUCUCUUCCUGCUCUGCUUGCCGAUUUUCCUAGUAAUUUUGCUGGGAAACAUUAUCCUCAUUGUCAUCAAUGUGCUGGAUUCCCACCUUCACACCCCCAUGUACUUCUUUCUCAGUAACCUCUCUCUUCUGGAUAUUUGCUUCACAUCUUCCUUUUUCCCUCUAAUGUUGGUGAACUUCUUAUCUGCCCAAAAAACGAUUUUCUUCUUUGGAUGUACAGUGCAAAUGUUUGCGAGCCUCGCAAUGGGGUCAACAGAGUGUAUUCUUCUGGCCAUGAUGGCCUAUGACCGCUAUGUAGCCAUCUGUAAUCCCCUGAGGUAUCCCAUCAUUAUGAACAAGAGACUUUGCGUGUCAAUGACAACUGGAUCCUGGGUGUUGGGCUGUUUCAAUUCUCUGCUGCAAACAGUCCUUGUGCUCAAGUUGCCUUUUUGUGGGCAAAACACCAUUGACCAUUUUGCUUGUGAAAUCCUGGCCGUUCUGAAGCUGAUGUGUGCCGACAUCUCCCUCAAUGAGUUGACACUGAUGAUCGGCUCUGUAACAAUUGUAUUCACCCCACUCCUGUUGAUUUGUGUUUCCUAUGUGUGCAUCCUCUCCAGCAUCUUGAGAAUCACCUCAGCAAAAGGGAGGCACAAAGCCUUUUCCGCCUGCUCAGCUCACCUGGGGGUUGUACUCUUAUUUUAUGGAGCGUCCCUUUUCAUGUACAUGAAGCCCAAGAAAAAAGAUGUAGCCAUUUCAGACGAAGUCAUUUCUCUUUCUUAUGGUGCAGUGACUCCCAUGCUCAAUCCCAUCAUUUACAGCCUGAGGAACAAGGAGGUGAAAGAGGCUGUAAGAAAACUGCUGAGUCACAGUCUGUACUCCUGA